GAGAGAAACUUCGUCAGCUACUUCUUCAACACGGAUCAUUUGACAAGGUGGAGGUUGUGGUGAAGCAGUGGGCUGAAACCAAACGAAAGCAAAAGCAAGGGGGUGGUUAUGUCACCAAGCAAUGGCUGAUGGACAACCGCUCGUUUGAUAAGACCAUGGCGGACAAGUCUUUUGAAUGGGCCAAAGCUCGUGGCCUUCACCGGAUCAGUGAAAUCACUGGGGCUGAGGAAGCUGAUAUUCCAUUUGAUUUCUCGUGGUCCAACACCAACACCACGGGCCAGCGGAUUGAGUUCGAGAAUGGGGCUGAGAUGGAGGUUGCCUGCUUCAUUUUUCCGGCUUGUAUGCUUUCUUGA